CUUCGCUUAGCCGCUUGCUCUUCAGCUCACAACUAAAAUACAGAGGCUAAUUAACAGCAGGAACGCAAUGGCUGCUUCGUUCAGGAUUGCCAUGGCGGUGACAUGCGCCUUGGUGCUGGCGUCGGCGUGCCAGGGCCUGGAGGUGGGCUACUACAAGAAGACGUGCCCCCGCGUGGAGGCCAUCGUCAGGGACGAGGUAAAGAAGUUCGUCUACAAGAACGCCGGCAUCGGCGCCGGGCUCAUCCGCUUGAUCUUCCACGACUGCUUCGUCCAGGGAUGUGACGGCUCUGUGCUCCUGGACCCGACGCCGGCGAACCCGCAGCCGGAGAAGCUGAGCCCGCCCAACAUGCCCAGCCUGCGUGGCUUCGAGGUGAUCGACGCAGCCAAGGACGCUGUCGAGAAGGCCUGCCCUGGCAAGGUCUCCUGCGCGGACCUCGUCGCAUUCGCUGCCCGUGACGCUGCCUACUUCCUCAGCAGGUUCAAGGUCAAGAUCAACGUACCCGCGGGCCGCCUCGACGGGCGCGUCUCCAAUGCCUCCGAGGCCCUCGACAACUUGCCGCCGCCCUUCUUCAACAUCACCCAGCUCAUCGACAGCUUCGCUGCCAAGGGGCUCGACGCCGAGGACAUGGUCGUGCUCUCAGGCGCUCACACCGUCGGCCGCUCCCACUGCUCGUCCUUCGUCCGCGAUCGCCUCGCCGUCCCCUCCGACAUCAACUCCUGGUUCGCCAACAUCCUGAGGAGGAGGUGCCCCGCCAACCCGACCCCAGCAAACGACCGAACCGUGAACCAGGACAUCUUCACUCCCAACGCGUUUGACAACCAGUACUACAAGAACGUGCUGGCGCACAAGGUGCUCUUCACGUCCGACGCGGCGCUGAUCACCACGCCGGCCACGGCCAAGAUGGUGCGCGACAACGCCUACAUCCCCGGGUGGUGGGAGGCCAAGUUUGUAAAGGCAUUCGUCAAGAUGGCGGCCAUCGAGGUGAAGACCGGCCACCAGGGAGAGAUCAGGAAGAACUGCAGGGUCGUCAACUAAGAUCAUCCGCGUGGGCACUACUGAUCGAUCGGAUGCAGCCAUCCACAUUGCUUCGUUCAUUUCCAUCCACAUUAUUGCUUCGUUCAUUUCUCCGAUUUCGUUCUUACGCUUUUAAAACCACGUGCGGGGUUGAUUAACUGGUCAUCGCUCCGUUAUCUUUGUUCGGUUUGCCUUGUUUUCAAGUAUAAUGUAUGCACACGAAUAGAUGGAACGAAUACGCUUCAAGUAUAA